GGGUGAGAUUAUCAAACCCUAAGAAGAAUCUUCUUCGAUAGUUUACUUGGAAAGGAGGAAAACAGUGUGAAUGAGUUCGCACGGUGUGCUACGAAAUCGCCACCCAUAAAAACCCCACCGACCUAUUCCCUUUCCUUCUCAGGCGUCGUUGUUUAUCAUACUUUCCCUCCGCCGCCUCUUCUAGUUAGGGUUUCUCCUUCCAAUUUUUAAACCUCAUAUCUGGAAAUUCUAAUCGGGAAAAAAAUGCAAUAGUAAUUUUUUUUUGAGAAAAAUAGGAAUAUCGCUGUUUCAGAGAAAAAUGUAUAGUAUGAACGGUAACUGCAGUGCUUGGGAGUUCCCAAUUUUCUUGAUGUCAUGGUUCUCACCCGCACUGGCACAAUUUAUUUAAAACUGCUCAAGUACUAGAAUUCUAUUUGACCGCUGAUUCGGAGCUUUUAUAUUCGAACGUGUUUAAAGAUAUUGAUCUAGUAGAUAAAAAUGGAAGCAAACACCGAAAAGGCAUUGGGUAGGGCUGUGCUCAAACUGAAGCGAAAGCGUGCAUCUCGGCAUGCUACAUGUCCAAAUGAAGCUCUGCGACCAGUGUUACCUCAAUGGACAUCACUAAUAUCACCAACAAACAAUGUUGUCAAACGGGUGAGAUUGAACAGGUACGAAAGCAAGCCGACAUACUCAGGGACUCAUAUUGGACGGUCGUUGGUUAGGUAUUACUUGAAUUAUAAGAAGAGCGGGCGGCCAGAACGCUUGAUGGUCUAUCAAAAUGGCGGAUGGAUGGACUUUCCUCAGGAUGUUGUUGACUUGGUUAGGAAAGAUUUUGAUGUAAAGAAAGCAGUUGUGGAGGUAGAGUUAAAUGGCAAGCAUCUUGUUCUGAAUUUUUUGCACAUGUAUCAGAUGAAUCUUAUAACUGGAUUGCAGCAACCUAUUGCUUGGAUUGAUGAGACAGGGUGCUGCUUUUUCCCUGAAAAUUAUGCUGAUUCUGAUGAAGGACCUUAUGAUCUUGGCAAUCAGGAAACUGAGAAAAGUCAUGAAUCAUUGUUCCAAGAUCCCAAUGAAUCUAAUGAAAUAAAAUUACAUUUAGAAAUUGAAAUAAAUGGAGUGGGUGCAUCCAAUUUGGGGGAGUGCAGUGGGGAGUCCAAUGCUGUAGUCAAGCAUAUUCAAAUUGAUGCAAAACAAGCCUGUAAUCAAAUUGAUUUAGAAAUUGAAGAUAGCAGUAAUAAAAUGGGCAAUGAAAAUGAUGGUGAAGCCGUUGAGCAAAAUAAAAAUGUAGGUUUUAAUGCUUAUAAUGAAACUGUAUAUGAAAAGUUGGAUUUGGAUACUGUACAGAAGGUGUUCCUUAACGGAAUGAGUAGUUUUGGUAGGGCUGACUUAGUUGAGAUUUACCCUUUCUCAAGUACAUUAAUGCAAUCGCGAUUGGAGCUGUUUGAGAAGCAAGCUGAAAUUACGAAACACUGUCAUGGGGAUGCUAAUGUUCAAUAUGCUUGGCUUGCUUCUUCUAAAGGAGAACUAUCUACUAUGAUGAAGUGUGGGCUUGGUCAUUGUGGACUAUCUGCAUCUAAGUGCACAUAUGGAAUUGGUGUUCAUCUUGCAGCUGCUACCUGUCCUUUUGCCAGUGCUAGUUAUUGUGAUGUUGACGAAAAUGGGGUUCGGCACUUGGUCUUUUGUCGAGUAAUAAUGGGGAAUAUGGAGCUUCUCCGUCCUGGCACUAGACAGUUCCGUCCCAGUAGUUGUGACUAUGAUAGUGGGGUGGAUGACAUCCACAGUCCAAGAUACUAUAUAGUAUGGAAUAUGAAUGUGAACACCCACAUCCAUCCAGAAUUUGUUGUUAGUUUCAAGGUUUCUGCUGAUGUCGAAGGUCUUCUUUCUCGAAAUAAGAGCAAGAAUAAUAUUUUUGGGGUUAAUUCAGCUAGCCAAGGUCCUAAAAGCUUGUCACGUUCAGAGUCUUCGACAGUGGACACCGGAAUAACAACUAGUUUGCCAAAAGCUCCAACAUCCCCUUGGAUGCCUUUUCCUAUGCUUUUUGCUGCUAUCACAAACAACGUUCCUGCCAAGGAUAUGGAACUUAUCAAUAUGCAUUAUCUUCACUUCCGGGCAAAAAAGAUGACUCGUGAUGAAUUUGUGAAGAAGUUGAGGUUGAUUGUUGGAGAUGCUCUCUUGCGAGCUACAAUAACUAGUCUUCAACGACGCAAGAUACCAUCCCAAUCAUCUUGUGUGAUCAAAAUGGAAACCUGAGGCUACCUUAUUAUGUACGGGGAGGUGACCUUUACACUUCAAACUUUGCCAACUUAACGCCGAACACUCUGAAAGAGCCAAAAUGAACAUGUGAAUAUUGUUAGUUCUUGGGAUAACUAUCUGCUUUUAAAUUUUCUUUUGAUUGCAUCCUCUUUUGGAACAUACUUGUUAUUAGAAUUUAGAACUUUAUUUGAAUUGUUCUAUAUCAAUGUGAGAUAGAGCACCGUCCAGCUAAAUUGUUUAAACCUUAAGGUAAAACAUAAAACUGUAUUUGGAUAUUCCAUAUCGUUUUUUGCACUUCAAAUUGAGCUGUCACUUUGUACUGUGGAUUGUUGGAUAGAAAAUCUUAAUUAAUGGGUGGUUUGAUGCA